GAAUGGGGACCGGGAAUAGGGGUCUUGAAAACGGGGAAGAACGGGUUUGGUCAAUGAAAAAAGUGUGAAAAUGAUAUGCUUUGAAACAACUGACAAGGCGCCCUGAAGGACUGAACAUACCCAUUUUGCCACACGUGAGUGCCCCACUUUAGAGUUUGUUAUCCAUGACUCAUGAGCCAUGGAGAGAAUUUAUGUUAACCUUCGACGUUAGUUCUUGUUACUCAAUUAGUUUCCUGCUGCGUUAUUCAUUCCUCCACGAAACGGUGAUCAGUUACAGUACAUAUGUAUUUUUUUCUUCUUCUACCCGAUCGAUAUAACCAGUCCAAGAUGUACUUUUGGUGUUUAGCAUUUCUUGCUGUUGUUCAUGUGGUCAUAGCUUACCCAUCCGGUGCCCCCGUGGGUACGUGUACUACCCUAACCCCGGGUCAUCGGGAUAACAACAAUACCAUGAUACAACCUCAAACUGGUCAAAGUCCCUACGUUAUCACCGUCGACAAGGAUUUAUACACCCCAUCCGAAAUGCUCAAAGUCACAAUCACGGGCCAGUCUUUCAAGGGAAUUCUUCUCCAAGCUCGACGAUCGUCAGACAACACUGUGAUUGGUACGUUCAGUGAUCCACCAGCAAACACCAAACUGCUAGAGUGUACCAGCGCAGGAGACAGUAUCACCCAUUCAUCAAGAGAUGAGAAAAGCUCUGGAACACAAUUCACCUGGACCGCCCCAGGUAGUGGUGUCGGUAACAUCACUUUUAUUGCGACUGUUGUUCAAGAGUACAAUGUCUUUUGGACGAAUCUUCUUUCUCAAGAGGUAUAUUCGGGAGCGACAAUGGUCAGCAUUAAUCCUGGAUUGAUCUUCACUCUAAUCUGCAUGAUCUUUGUUGCUACAAGACAAUGAUUGGUAGUUACACUACGAUGUUCUAUGUUUGCCGAUCAAUAACAGACCAAACAUAACUUUAAAAAGUUCCGUAUAUUAAAUAACAAGUAUACCUGACCUACAAAAUACAAAAGGCAUGAAAUGGUAUGGUCAGAGUUAAAAUACAGAAAAAAAUGGUAAGGAUAAAAAAGUAGAAUAUAUACGACUGGUAGUCCAUAUUUAGCUGCAUUAUAUUGCUGCUGGUCUUCCAUUCGUGCCAGUUUACUUGAAUAACGGCUGAAUAAGAUUACCACAAUGUAUAGGACGUUGACCAUCAAACAUAACAAAUAUUUGAAAAAUAAAGAGACAAAUCCUACCCUUAAAAAGAAAGAAACAAAUCAUGUUCAUCGCCAUAAUGAUCAUCAAUUUGUUUUAUCUAUAUGGCAGUAUAUA